GUGGUAAAAUCUAACCACAUGUGUUUUUGUUUACAAUUUUCCUAGAACUGUUUUUCUAUGAAUUUUUGUGAUUUUCAGUAAUAAUUUUGGUAAAAACUCUUGAAAAAAGUCUAGUAAAUAAUUUCAAUUGCGUAGACUUUAAAUAAUUUCCAAGAAAUGGAUUUGGAAGAAGAUUUGCCACAGACCCUUCAGGUGCGUCUUGUAUCGGAUACAGGAGAAGAGGCAGGACCUCCUUUGGAUCUCCCAACGGGUACAACAGUUUCCCAAUUGGGACUCAUCUGCAAUGCAUUGCUAAAGAAUGAUGAUCCCACACCAUUCCUCUUCUUCGUCAAUGAGGAAGAAAUAAAGGAGAGCCUCGAGAAAACCCUGAAUCUGAAGAAGACAGACACGGAGAAUGUUGUGGAUAUUGUGUAUCAGCCCCAAGCGGUGUUUAGAGUGCGCCCCGUAACGAGAUGUACGAGUUCAAUGCCCGGACAUGCAGAAGCGGUUGUCUCGCUUAGCUUCAGCCCCGAUGGGCAGCAUUUGGCCAGUGGAUCGGGUGAUAAAACUCUCAGAUUGUGGGAUUUGAACACUGAGACACCCCAUUACACGUGUAGUGGUCAUAUGCAGCCUGUUCUCUGUAUUGCAUGGGCUCCGGAUAGUUCGAAAAUCGCCAGUUCCUGUCAAGCUGGUCAAAUCCGUGUGUGGUGUCCGGAAACAGGGAAGCAGCUGGGAAAACCCCUUGUGGGACAUAGGAAAUUCAUUAAAUGCCUCAGCUGGGAACCCUAUCACGAUAACAGCGAUUGCCGGAGAAUUGCAAGUGCUGGUGCUGACAAUGACGUCCGUAUUUGGGAUGUAGUUCUGGGAAAAUGCGAAAUGGUCAUCUCUGGACACACACAGGCAGUGACAAAUGUUCGCUGGGGUGGAGUUGGGCUCAUCUAUACUUCUUCGCAAGAUAGAACGAUUAAAAUCUGGCGAGCAAGUACUGGAACACUGUGCCGAACGCUAACAGGACACGGGCAUUGGGUGAAUUGCUUGGCACUCAAUACGGACUAUGUGCUGCGAACGGGACCCUUUCAUCCGGUUACGGAGAAGGGAAAAAUCUUCAGGAUUGCUUCAGCGAGUAAGGAGGAAUUGAAGGCAGCUGCCUUGGCACGUUUCAAAGCUGUCUGUCCGGACGAUGUGGAAUCCUUUGUGUCCUGCUCGGACGACAGAACACUCUACCUUUGGCAGUCUAAUCGCACCAAGUGCAUCACACGAAUGACGGGACAUCAGAAUGUUGUGAAUGAAGUUAAAUAUUCUCCAGAUGUUAAGAUGAUUGCUUCGGCGUCUUUUGAUAAAUCCGUGAGGCUGUGGAGGGCUCACGAUGGGGCAUUUAUUUGUGCUCUCCGUGGUCAUGUACAGGCUGUCUAUCAGGUGGCCUGGUCAGCAGAUUCCCGUCUCCUCGUUAGCGGUAGUAAAGACUCCACCAUUAAAGUUUGGAGCGUGCAGACGAAAAAACUCGCCCAGGACCUUCCGGGACAUGCUGAUGAGGUUUUUGCCGUCGAUUGGGCUCCUGAUGGUUCAAGAGUUGCUUCCGGAGGAAAGGAUAAAGUUGUCAAAAUGUGGGCCUAUUGAGGGAUUAAAGAAAAAUCAAAUAAAGAGUUCAUAUUUUA